UGGGCAUAAAAGGGCUCCAGGCGGGGCAGGGAGCAGCUGCCACCUACACCAUGAAGCUGGCCGGUGCUCUCCUGCUUCUCUGCGCUGCCUUGCUCCUGAUCUCAGGCGGAGAUUGUAAAAUUUGCUCGUCUGUGAAGCACGAUGUCACCCUGUUCAUCAAGGGCACCCCUGACGAGUAUGUCCAGCAGGUGGCCCAGUACCAAAACGAAACUAUAAUUUUGGAAAAUGCCAGAAGCCUGAAGGAGUGCGUGGAUGCGAAAUUCACAGAAGAUGACAGGACAAAUGCUAUCAAUGUGCUGAAUAAAAUAUACUCCAGUCCUUUGUGUUAACGGAGCCAUCGCUGCCAGGAGCCCCAUGGAUGUCCCUUAACUGAUCACCGACUCAGUAAUCUCGGCGGCCUGCCCCGUCCAGGGGUCUGAUUAGAGGAUUCCAGCAAUAAAAGCCUUGCAAUUUA